AUGUUACAUCAGGCUCCGUCAAUAUAUCAGGCGCCAACAUGCUUCGUCACGUACGGCACAAUGGGUCACGUUGAUCCAAAGCAGGUUCCGAGCAAAGGGAAGCCUUGGACGGCCAUAUCUGAGCUCGACUUCAUCCACAAGGUUGAUUUGAUCAUUCCUCAGGACAUAUAUGAUGUUGUUGUUCAAAAGAUGGCUGAGCGCGAGUCGCCCUCCUAUUAUAGAGUAACCAUGUCGCUUGGCCAGAUAUUAGAAACGAAAUUUCUUACCCAGUAUAUCAAGCUCGGAAAUUUAAUGAUGCUCUCAGAGGGCAAAACAGCCAUGGGUCAGCUCUUCACCCUUCGAGAGGGAAUUCUCAAUAUCUACCUUGAUAGGGAGACAUAUGAACGCGCUGGACUUGAGGGAAAGCCUCAUGGCAUCAAAGGCGACCGGGGAUCCAAGCCCAGGUGGAAAGUAUCAUACAAUCUCAGAGAAGAGUCAAUGGUACACGGACGAAAGAAGUUCGAUAGAUUGGGGUAUGCAUGCAAAAAUGUAUUGAACCAGCCUAUGAAAUGGCUUGUCUGCAACGCCUCCAGCUCUGACCUGAACAUAGAUCUGUUAGAGAGCUUUGGGGCAACAAAGAUAAUAUCUGCACCGAGGCUAGCUACAGAUACCGGAAUCAACCAGACAUCUCUCAGAAUACCUUCCACAAUCCUCGCUCAAGGAGAUCGCGAGUCUCUGGAAUAUUCUGCAACGGAAAUGUAUGAGUGGCUGUCGCUUGUUCGACUUGAGAGCCCUCGUAUUGUAACUGGGGACGCCAUCGACCCGUAUCUCUCUCGAUAUAGCCCGCCAGAAGCCGAUAGUUCCACCGCCCAAACGCAGGUCUUCUUGGUUCGCGUUUAG